AUGCUAGCCCUCAAGCGGCAAAUCUUAUCUCAAGAUGAAUCCGAAGUCAAUCAGGCACGCUUGGCUCAGGCGGGUAUGAAUCCGGUCUUCUACGCACACAGACGGUCACAGCUAUUAUCCGAUACACUAUGCGUUGCGCCUUUAAACAACACAAAGGAGAACACAAAGGCUGAAAGUAAACGCCGAGAUAAGCAAUACGAGCGCACAGUGCGGUUUGCUCGCAGUGAAUACGUUGUAGUCAGAAGCCGCAUACUCCAGCAUCGAUAUGCCAAGUAUGUGAAGAGUGCUGGCCCAGAGCCAGAAAACAAGCCCAGUGUUAAAGUGGGGGAAAAUGAUGCUGUGGAUGUUAUAGAUACUUCAUCUGGAGAUAUGGAGUAUGUCUUAGGGAACAAAGGGACGCCGAGAAGGGCUGCAAAUGAAGCCUUAAGUGAACAGAAAGUCGCAGCGAGAAGUGUUCAUGGACGCGUGCGCGACAACACACUCAGCCCAAUGAACAGUGCCAGUGACGGCAAUCUUGCACGGUCCUAUGGUUUUAGGAAAGGAUUUGAGUUGGAUGUGAUUAGAAGCGAGGAGACUUUGACUUUGAGUGGACAACAUAUCCCCGCAGAUACACCGCACGAACAAAGUAGUCUGCGUGCACCUAUGCCGAUAAAGACGACUACGUCUACGGAUAAUACCAAAGGCACACACCAAGACGACACCGGCACAGGUGUACCACACUUAGGAACACACACGAGCCGGCCUCAAUAUAGCGCACACCGACGGAUCGAAAAUUCACAAAGUUUUGCCGGUACCUUCCGAUCAUACCGCAGUCUAAAUUCCCCCACACAUUCUGACCCACAUAGCCCACUGGGGAAUGGGAAUACUAGUCAACGAGGGUUUGGUAUAAAUGAGAGUAGUAUCGGUGCUGCAGGGAGUGCAAUCAGUUCUAAUAGCUCCGGUGUACUAACGCGAUCGGGCAGGAGUGAAAGUAGGCUGCUGGGCGUAUCUCAGAACGAUGCGGAUCUGAGUCUGAGUCUCAAACCAACCAGUGCGAGUGCUAAAACAAACAGGAGUAAGACUGUAAGUGUCGAUACCCAGGGGGGUACACAUGCUGGGGCAGGGAUAUGGUCACCGUCAUCGAUGCAGGCAUUGGCAACGCACGGGUUGAGUGCAGGUCACUUCCCUGCUGCAGGUGGCGGUGGUACACAUGAACGUAUACGAACGACCAGGAUAACCAUGGAUGAGACCAGUGUGGACAGUUCGAUGAGUAUCUUUUCUGUCGGCGUGGAUCCUGUGCUCAACAAUAAUAGUAGUCGACAUCCCUCCAAGCUCGAUUCUCCGCAUCGUCGUACGCUUUCUGAUUUCUCUGGUAGUUCUGUAGCAGCGCGUGAACAGUCCCCGGCACAAACCCUCAAAAGGAAGCAAGCCAUUUCCGUGCUUAAUUACUACAGCUUCUACGACAGUGCCAGGCAGCACCAGGGCAGAGAAGGCUACCAUGAAAAGCCUACGCACACACUCGACGCCUUACACGAUGCGCCCAUCUCGUGCAUUAAGUUUUCGCGUGUUGCACCGUCGUCGGCUGAGACCAAAAGUCGGCGCCGAGCCCAACCUAGCGACAACAACAUGCACAGUAAUAGUAGUAGUAGUUACAACAAUACUGCCGCAUACAGUACAGGCACCCAGAGACCGCAGCCAAGCGCAAGAGGGGAGGACGCACACGGCCCAUGUGAGAGUGAGUACACGCUGGCAGUCGCCGCCAUGAACGGCAAGAUAAGCAUUGUGCGUGUGGCAAGUGGUGCGAGAACGUGCGAGCUUCUGCACACGCUGGAAGGGCAUUCACAAGGGGUCACAGACCUCGCAUGGCUGAUUACAGGCGAGCUUCUUGUGUCUGUGUCGCUCGACAAGACGUUUAGGGUGUGGCAGGUGGACACGGGGAACACACUGACUACAGUCAAGGUGGGCGAACCUGUGUUGACGUGUGCACUGAAUCCGAUCAACAACAACUGGCUGGUGCUGGGAACGGCCAUGGGGUCAGUGCGGACGUACAACUGCUCACUGGGCAAGCCGGUCAGAGGUGGCAAGAUGGAUAGCUCACAGGGAAUCAAUGGUGACAUCCGGUGUCUGUGCUUUAAUGAAUCGGGUACCAUCGUGUGGUCGGGCAGUAGCAAUGGGGUGGUGCACGCGUUCGGCUUCGACCCAUUCACAGGCGCUAUGACCGCCCUUAUGCGCGUUAUCAUCGCCGAGAAAACAGCAAUCACAUCCAUGUCUUACACUCCGGCAUGGAGGUUACGUCCCUACUCCACCAAGGACACGCCAGCUCCCAUGCUGUUGCUGAGUGUGAGUAAUAACACAGCUGUAUUGCUGCAUGUGAUGGAUGAGAAGGCUGGGUUGGUCAAGCAGAAGCGCUCGUUCGCUGUGGCGCAUACGUCGGUUUCGGUGAAGGCCGGCAGUAUCUUCUGCAACCAGCAACAAGGGACCGGUGGUGCUGAUAGUGCUGACCUCCCCGGCUCCGGCGCGUGUAUAGCUAGUGGCAGUGAAACGGGACAGGUGUACAUAUUCGACACCGCUUCGAAGAGGACGGUCUGUACACUAGGCGUGAAUGAUGGUGUUGCUGCGCAGGUGGUGGGAUGGAACAGGGACCAAACAGUUCUCGCAAUGGGAAAUGCCAAGGGGGCCGUAAUGUUCUGGUAUCGCACGGGAGUGGCAUCAUAGCAGACGAAGUAGCGGUGGUCAGGCUACACCGCGCAGCAGAGAAAUGUCCUGACUAUAGGUACCGUACAUCUGUACUUGUGAAGCGUUGCUAAAUAAUUGCAUUUGCAUGCUACACAACCUUUUGAGUCUUGGGAGGCGGGCUGUACCACAGUAAAAUAUACCUGGUGGACAGCGACACUUGUAAGGGUGUAAGGUGGACAGUGAUAUCUGACAGGAUGUAAAGUCGAGUGCAUAUACGGUGGGAUAUAUGAGUUUACGACAGUCCCAUCCAUUAUCCAGCGAUCAACUCCCGGAAACAAUAGUCUCAACCUUCUGGUAAGUUUGAGUAUUUAUAUAGUGCCGGGAGAUAGGAGAUGCGGAAUCCGACCCAGACGUCACCUCAGCAACGCCUAGUGUACCACGUAUAGGAUUUCAACUAUACUUCGGAUGUUUGUAUACGAAUAGUAUGCGGCGGGUGUAUCCCUUACUUAAUGUUAUACACUACCUUAAUCUGCUGAUGAAAGUUUGUAUAAAGGAGUUCUAGGAGAGACAUUCUUAAUAUAACUGGGUAGGU